UCACUAUAAGAGGGAGUUUGCACAAGUUAACAGCUGUGAUUGUUACACAUUACUCCCUCAUGUAUUAGGUUUAUUUUUAAAGUUGGAAUACUGUCCAGGAAAACAAAUACAAAACGUGUAAUCUUGUGUCUCUAGUAAAAUCGAGAAGUGUGAAGUAAUGGUGGGUUACGAAAUACAUUAAAAUAUCGAUUUUGUGUGCUUAAACGAUCCGAGGUUGUGGAAGUGUAUACUCAGAUUUGUGGCUACUCGAUAUUACUUUUAUGGGGGUUUAAAGCGUAGGUGUUUCAAAAUUUUGCAAAACAUCUUAGGGAAAUCGAUAAACGCGUAAAACUAAGACUGUCUCAUUUUGUUGUGUGAAUGUGAGAGGAACGGCGCUACUCGGCGUGGUGAGCUGUUAUAUUGCUGAAAAUCUUUUCAGCGAUUAUCAAAUCGUAAUUUAUUAACGAUUCUAUUGCGUCACUUCGAAAAGACUGAUAAAAGAUGGGUGGCACGGAUAUGAAGUGGCAGAAAGACGCGGCGGACCAAAAUUUUGACUAUAUGUUCAAGUUACUCAUCAUUGGAAACAGCUCAGUAGGAAAAACUAGUUUUCUAUUCCGUUAUGCGGAUGAUUCCUUCACGUCGGCCUUCGUCUCUACCGUCGGUAUCGACUUCAAGGUGAAAACUGUCUUUCGCCAUGACAAACGCGUAAAACUGCAAAUAUGGGAUACAGCAGGUCAAGAACGUUAUCGUACUAUAACUACAGCCUACUACCGCGGCGCUAUGGGUUUCAUACUUAUGUACGAUAUAACCAAUGAAGAGAGCUUCAACAGCGUUCAGGAUUGGGUAACGCAGAUCAAAACAUAUUCAUGGGACAAUGCACAAGUAAUAUUGGUAGGAAACAAGUGCGACAUGGAAGAAGAACGCGUGGUCAGUUCGGAGCGCGGCAGACAGCUGGCCGAACAACUUGGCGUGGAGUUUUAUGAGACCAGUGCUAAGGAAAAUAUCAAUGUCAAGGCCGUCUUCGAGCGUUUGGUGGAUAUAAUCUGCGACAAGAUGUCAGAAAGUCUAGACUCUGAGCCCGCCAUGCUGGCCGGCGGCGCUCGUGGCCAGCGCUUGACAGAACAGCCGCAAGGCAAUACCACUCCUAAUUGUAACUGUUAAUAGAAUACAAUUUUCCUCAAACAUUAUAUUGUUUACAGUUACCUGUAUAUUAAAUUUAUGUGAUUUCUUGACACGGUUCCUUUUUGGUAGGCGAUCAUUUCUUUCCAAUAUCGUCUUGCUUUUUUGCUAUUAAUGUUAGUGUUAUUUUUGUAUUCUUUUUAUUAUUGAAAACUUUAAUAAGUGUUUUAAAAAUGGCGUUAUUCUUCCGUUCAAGCUUAAUAUUAAAUUAAACAUUUUUGUUUCAUUUAUUAUUUUAAAUUUUAUCGAUUUGUCUUUUAAUGUCGUUGAAACAUUUAAACGUCGGCUCCCAACAGGACAGUUUUCAUUUGUGUGAUGAGGCGUAAUAUUUCAUAUUGGUCUGGUCUGACCUAGCAUGUUAAUUACAAAUCAUGUACAGUAACUCGCCUUUUCAUUUAUCUUCUUUAUUUGUAACCGAAAGGACAACAAGUAUUCUAAAAUAUUUACGAGUAUGUAUGGUUGAGGCGCCACAGUACAGGUUGAAACAUCAUUGAAACCGUUGUAUUAAAAAAAUAAUUGUUACGAUUUCAAACUUAAAAUGUUUUAUGGAGCAACAUUAAAUAAUUGUUGAUCAUGAUAACAAUAAAGGAAAAUAUGUAUUAGUAUUAUUAAUUCUAUAGGUGUUAAGUAGCCGUAUCCAUGUAUAUUGCGAGCUGGAGUAGGGAUCUGAUACUUUUAAUAGUUGUUAAAUUUUAUCUUUAUGAUACACUUUUAUUAGUAAAUAUAUUUUAGAUUAUUUAAAAGCUUUUUUCAUUAUUUAUAUGUGCUAUUAUAAACUUUAUUUAUUACUUUAAUAUUUAUGAGACAACGAGACAUAUUAAUUGUUAGAUAAAAUAUAAAAUCCAGGCAAUUUUUUUCUCAAAUAGCUUUAAAAUGAAAACCAAUCUUGUUCGUAUUAAGGACCAAAUGGAAUUUAAUAUAUGAGUUUUAUAACAGCAAAUAAAAUAGAAUCUUAUUGUUUUAAAUGCGCAAAUUUUUAUCAAUAACAUGAAAAAGAAAGUUUGCAAAAAACCUAGGUAGUUUUCUGAAAAAAUCACACACUUACGUUGUGAUUUCAUCUCUUCAAAAGUUUAACUACACUUUAAAAAUUAAGUUUAGCUUCAUGAAAGGAUGGAAGGUUUCAUGAAAUAAAGAAACUUCUACAAAUUAAAAAUCUUAUCAAUCAACACAUAUUUGUUGGUAUGAUUUAAACUAAGAUAUUGUUUAGAUAUAAUUAGUAUCGUUUGCUAUUAGAAUUCGUUGCUUCUUAAGUAAGGUAGUUAAAAUUAUAAAUGUUUCUUGUUAUAUUUUGACGUAAACUUAUAAUCUUGGAAGUUAUAUUAAUGUUACCUUCAGCGUAUUGUAAUUGCAUGUAACCGAAUAUUUGUGCUUUUGAUCUUGGCCUGCAAAAUUGGAUGUUCCACGAGCGGAAGGUUCUACUGAACUAAGCCGAUGUUUGUAAAUACGUUUACGAGUGUAUAAAUAAACUAUUGUAUAGUAUAAUAUCUACCUACAUAUAAAUCUGUUUGUAUUCUUGUUACCUACUAUGCUAUGUUAAUGUCUAAAUACUUAUAGGUGUUUAUUUAAUCACAACAUAGGAUAAAUUCAAGCCAUAUGUAUUAAUUUCGCAUUAACGAUAUGAUUUGAAGCUUUCAUGGUCACAAGGACUAUUAUUAACAUAAGAGGAUUUUAAAUUUAAAAUAUCACAAUUAGGAAAGAACGAAGAAGUAACUAGCAUGGAUUAUUAAUUAAAGAAUUUUUGACCGCGGUGGAUACUUUAAAAUUUAUGAGUAUUUUAACCAUGAUUGUAUCCUCUUAUGGUAAUAAAAGUAAAGCUUUUUCAUUUUACAAAACAUCAUCUUAACGCGUAGGUAUUUUAAGUAAAGUAUCCAAUGCGUGUCUCCAAAUGCGAGAAGCUACUAGUUUAUUCUUACGUGUAGAUGACAUAGACAAUACAAUUUAUAUCAAAUUCUGUUGAAACAUGAGCACAUUAUUUUUUAUAAAAUAAUUAUUAGGUAAUUAGUUAAGAGGGUUCAUAAUAGUUUGAUGAAUUAUAAGCAUAAACAUACAUACGUAUUAUAUUUAAAUGAUAAUUUGGAGACUGUUCUCAUCGCCGAUAAGUCUCAAUUUUGUGGAACCUAUUGAAAUAUAAAUUAUGAAAAUUUCUUAUGACGCCAAAAUAAUACUAUGUGCUAAGUUAACUACUGCUGCUGUUUUAAUAACAUACGUUAAAUAUAUGUUAAUUGUUGAAUCUUCGAAAACAUGCGUUGCUCUUUUACAUAAAUAUGACAUAUACUUAUUAAUAUGACAGAUUACAGCUAUUUUAAUGAAUGGAUUUGGAAUUGUCAAUUUGACGUUAUCAAUUAAAAAGUGGACCCAUGUUAAAAAGAUUAUAGAUCCAAGUAAGUAUACUCGGUAUUCACUAGUAUCUCCUAAUUACAGGAAUGAAUGUGGCUCAUAUGGUUUGCACAAAGACCUUUUGACCUCAAAUGUCAUCGUGGCGUUUUAAUAUGAAAUCGAGUCACCACUAUUUUGUGGUGUCAUUGCCAGUCCCGCUUCAUUCAGGGUAUAUUUAAAAAAAUAUCGUCUUCUACCGAGUUUUACUUGGAAAUAACACUAAUCAGAAUUAUGAAGAGAAAGUUGUAACUGUAGACGUAUUGUAUUUAGCAGUGUGUGUGCGUUUGUAGAAGGGCACGAAAGAGGCAUAUCGUAGUGACGGGCUUUAGGUAGAAAUGUUGUUUAGCAAAUACAUAGAACUUACACGAAACCUAUUCAUAAUUUCUAUGAAUAUAUCUUCAUUGUGAUUCUGCAAAUUAUUUUCUUUUCCAUUCGCUACAUCUUCAUCGCAAAACAUAGGAAUUUAUAUUAGCUGUCUUUCAUGAAAAUGUAUGUUAUAAUAUUUGUUGUGUGUUAAUAAAGGAAUUAUUUAAUAAUAGACCCAUGUAAAAGAUUCACUAAUAUAUAUUAUAACAUAUUGAA